GAUGCAGGAGGAGGAGGGGGUGGGGAUGAGGGGGCAGUCUGGACAUCAUGAUGAGGGAGUGAUAGACAAAGUGUGUCAGAAGGAGGGAAGGGUCGGCCCAAACAGAAACAACCUGUGGUUCAGAGCAGGAGCGUCAGGAUGGUCACACAGCGGAGGUUCAAACUCUGAAGCAGCAGAUCUGGAAGGUGGACAGGAGAGAGGAAGCACCAGGCACACUGCACCGGACAUGAGCAAAGGGACGAGAAACGUGAAAUAAAACACAAGAAAAAAAAAACACUUAAGAGAUGGAUAAUCAAGGAGGAGAAGGAGAAGGAGGAGGAAAGAAGACGAAGGACAAAGAAAAAGCAGAGGAUGUAGGUGAUGAAGGUAAGGAGACCAAAGACAAGCACAACAAACUGGAGAAGGAGAACAGCGGGAAGGACUCCAUGAAGGUGGUGAAGAACCGUCGCUGUCCGUUGAAGAGCGGCUGGGCCCUGACCGAGCGCCUGGCCAUCAACGUGUCAGGGAUGCGCUAUGAGACCCAGCUCCGCACCCUGGCUCAGUUCCCCGACACCCUCCUGGGCGACCCCCAGAGACGCGUUCGUUACUUCGACCCCCUGAGGAACGAACUGUUCCUGGACAGGAGUCGGGUCUGCUUCGACGCCAUCCUGUACUUCUACCAGUCGGGCGGGAGGCUCCGCCGGCCCGCCAACGUCCCCUUGGACAUGUUCCUGGAGGAGCUGCGCUUCUUUGAGCUGGGAGAAGAGAUCAUCGACCGUUUCAAGGAGGACGAGGGCUUCCCGAAGGAGGAGGAGAGACCCCUGCCCACAAAUGAUCUGCAGCGUCGCCUCUGGAUGCUGUUUGAGUACCCAGAAUCCUCCAGCGGCGCGCGGAUCAUCGCCAUCAUCAGCGUCAUGGUCAUUGUGAUUUCCAUCCUCAUCUUCUGCCUUGAGACUCUGCCUGAGUUCAGGAUUGAGAAGGAACAGAGGGAGCAAUUCACCGCCGUACCUCAUCCCACCAUUGCCAAUGAAACCAUCUUGAUCCCACCUGGCUUCACCCCCUUCCACGACCCCUUCUUCAUCGUAGAGACGAUCUGCAUCUGCUGGUUCUCCUUUGAACUCGUCAUGCGCUUCAUCUGCGCUCCCAGCAAGAUUCACUUCUUCAAAGACGUCAUGAACACCAUCGACUUCUUCGCCAUCAUUCCCUAUUUCGUGACGCUCGGUACGGAGCUGGCCAAAGACAAAGGAGCGCAGCCUUCGGUGUCGCUGGCUCUUAUCAGGGUCAUCAGGCUGGUGAGGGUCUUCAGGAUCUUCAAGCUGUCUCGUCAUUCGAAGGGGCUCCAGAUCCUGGGCCAGACGCUGAAGGCCAGCCUACGAGAGCUGGCCCUGCUCAUCUUCUUCCUCUUCAUCGGCGUCAUACUCUUUUCCAGCGCCGUCUACUUCGCAGAGGUCGACAGGCCCGACACGGCGUUCACCAGCAUCCCCGAGGCUUUCUGGUGGGCGGUGGUUUCCAUGACAACGGUGGGCUACGGAGACAUGUACCCGGAGACGGUGGGCGGGAAGCUGGUGGGCUCCAUGUGCGCUAUCGCUGGAGUGCUCACCAUCUCUCUGCCGGUGCCUGUCAUCGUGUCAAACUUCAGCUACUUCUACCACAGAGGGAUGGAGUGUGGAGACGCCACGGAGUACCACCACGUCUCCACAACGCUCUGGGAAGACGACGGAGAGGGGGAUGAAGAAGGGGAGGAUGAGGACGGAGCAGAAGAUGGGCCUGAAUACAUGGGAGACCACGCACCUUUGUACGAGCAGAACAACAGGAUGAGCUGCUCUCCUGUCAACGGGACCGUGCUGUCGGGGCUUUGUGCGGGUCAGACGGCCGGUGAUCAGAGAGGAAUCAACUUCUACCUCAGAGAACCCCUGGUCACUCAGGUCUGAUCUCAGAUGGACGGGUUUCUACGAUAACAGUCAACACUGCCUCACAUUGAGAGUAGGAGAAAGUCGAACUGUAAAAAAAAAACAAAAAAUAGGAUGGCAGCAUGUAAAUGGACUUCCACAGACACCAAUUUGUGCCACUAAUGACAUUAUCCUAAGGCUUUAGCAUGGCUAUAUUGUACUUUUACAGCAGAUAUAAAUAUUUAAAGCUUCUUUUAAGACUCUUAAAUCAAGGGCAAAAAUGACAAUAAUAAAUCUGGUUUGCGAUAGAGCGGACUUAGUCUACUGUCCCAUGUUUUAACAAACCAAAUAUGCAGUUACAGACGGCGUACAGUGUAUGUCUGAUGCUCCAGUUGAAAAAAACAUAACUACAAUAUUUGAAAAAAAAACAUGAAGUUAUGGGCACUCUAUAGAGCUCCUACCUCCACCAAGGCCCCGCAGUCCUGUAAUUUAAUCAAAUUGCUAAUGUCACAUGUUAGAAAGAUUUAGAAAUUCCAGGACAUGUCCCUUUCUUCUUCUUAUUUGAGGAGACCAGUUGCUAAAUGCUACAUUGUUCUCUAUUACUGCCCUCUAUUGUUAGUUAAUAACAUAUACGCCGUACAAAUACAGGGAGGGUCUUUUGACACUCAAAUGAACUUCAUAACAGCAGCAUUUUACUAAACCCACAAAUGUCACUACACUUUGUAUGGUCUGUCUGUAUUAAAUUAUCUGAUUGACCAAAUUUUUCUUAUGAAUCAAAUUUGUGAUGGAACAAAAUAGGCCUGUAACGGUACACAUACUGAACCGAACCGUUUGGGUACACACCUGUUCGGUUCGGUCCACAGCUGAACCCAAACGGCACAGUAUGAUGAGAAAAAGAAAAAGGAACGAAAGACGUCGUUCGACGCGGAACUUUUAAUCCGUGCAAAUUUUACAUGGACGUAUGGAAGGACGCACACAUUGACCCAAAAUCUGAAAUAACAGCUGAUAUAAGGUUAAAAAAAAACAACAAAUAUGAUGUGAACCUGGAAGGAACAGAC